UCCUGCGCACGGCAGGCGCGCAUGCGCUGUGGGCCGCGUACGGCGCACGUUUUCCUAAAAUGAGCAGCGCCAGACCUGAGAACACCUAUUAUUAUCUCCGUUGUUAACCUUCGCAUACAGUGUUUAUGUCUGAAACGAAACGUGCAUGUGUACAAACAAAAUUUUCCGACAAAAAAGUUCAUCAUGAGGUACGGACAAUUGGUCAUCGGCCCUGCGGGCAGUGGCAAGUCGACCUAUUGCUCUGUCAUGCAAAAACAAGGUACUGACGAGAGGCGAACAGUUGAUGUUGUUAACUUGGAUCCAGCCUGCGAACACUUUGACUAUGAACCACUUGCUGAUAUCAGAGAUUUGAUUACGGUAGACGAUGCUAUGGAAGAUGAGGAACUUAAAUUUGGACCCAACGGUGGCUUGGUAUUUUGCAUGGAGUUUUUAACACAGAAUUUGUCUUGGCUUGAAGAGCAGUUGGGAGACACGGAUAAUGAUUAUAUUAUAUUCGACUGCCCUGGACAGUUGGAAUUGUAUACACACAUGACAGUGAUGAAACAAAUAAUCACAACUUUGCAAAACCUCAACUUUCACCUUUGUGUGGUAUUCUUAGUAGAUAGUCAAUUUCUGGUCGAUGCAUCAAAGUUUUUGUCUGGAACCAUGGCUGCUCUCACAGCUAUGAUUAACUUGGAACUACCCCAUGUCAACGUUUUGAGCAAAAUGGAUUUGCUAUCAAAAACUGCAAGAAAACAAUUGGACCAAUAUUUGGAACCCGACCCAAGUAGUUUGUUGGCAGAGGAGAAUGAUGAUGAGUAUGAAACACUGACUCAUGCAAUAGCUAGGGUAAUAGAAGAUUACAGUUUAGUCAGGUUUUUACCACUGAAUAUCAAAGAUGAAGAGAGCAUAGCAGAUGUAAAAUUAACAGUAGACAACAUUAUUCAGUAUGGCGAAGAAGAAGAUGUGAGAAUGAGAGACUUUGAUGAGCCAGAUCCAGACGAAGAUGAAACAUGAAAAUUUCAAUAAAAAUAAAAAUAUUAAUUAUAAUGAAUUCAACUAAUGUUUGUAAUAAAAAAUAUAAUAAAAAUUUAUUUUAUAUUAAAAGACAAAA